CUACUAGCCACAGAUCAUCUUCCCACCAGCGCUAAAAUGAAAGCGAAGAUUGCCGUACUUGGCGCCCUCGUGUUAGUGACCUUCGCGAAUGCUCAGCACGCGAAACUGGUUGAGCGAGAGCAGAACCUCGACCCGGAUGGUACAUACUCGUACCAGUAUCGGCUCUCGGAUGGGACGGAAGCCCAAGAGCAAGGUCGUGGCGGACAGUUCGUUACCGGAGGAUACCGUUACACUUCACCCGAGGGUGAACUGAUUCAGAUUACCUACACGGCCGAUGAAAAUGGAUACAAUCCGCAGGGAGAUGCUAUUCCACAGCCUCCGCCUAUUCCCGAGGCGAUCCUCAGGGCAUUGGAAUACAUUCGAACGCAUGCAAGGCCGUCUAGGAAGUGAAAAUGAAGC